AUGGGGCAGCAGAAGACUCAGACGGCAGGGUGUGCGGCGUGCAAUCACAUGCACCACAGAUGUCUGCCGAAUUGCAUAUUCGCACCGUAUUUCCCGGCGACCAACCCGUCGUUCAGCUACAUCAGUCAAGUCUACUCGUUGCAGCAAAGGCGAAACCCUCGUCCCCAAGGCCUCACCCACCGGACUCACGAAGAUUUUAGAGAACGCACCAGUCGAAAAGCGGAGGCCCGCAUACGUAACCCUAGUUUGGAUGCGUCGGCUACUGCAGCAUUGGGCUCAGAUCGAACGCGAAUUCAGGAGAUCAACGAGGCCCAAUUUUCCGCCGCCAACUAUCAGCCACCGCUGGAACAGCAAUAUUGGCAUCAGAUGACGACGAUGACAGCGCAGUCGUAUCAUGAGCAGCCAGACGAUUUUCCGACGCAGCCUGAUUUUCAGACGCAGUCAUAUCAUGAGCACCUCUGA